AUGGAGAAAUUGCACGAGACGUUGGUAGACAUGGAAGACGCUUUGGGUUCAGAGCACUCUGACUGCUUAUCGUCCUGGGACUGGAAAAGCACUGCCGGGUCUUUCGAGCUGAACCCUGUCUCAUCUCCACACAGUUUGUCCCCGACACCCUCCUUCGAAUCCUACUCCUCGUCCCCCUGCCCAGCAGCAGCGGAGACCCCCUACGGCAGCUGGCAGAGGACGCUGGCUGAUGCACUCCACACGCUGCGCAACUACCUGCCCCCCGUCUACAGCCAGCGGGGACAGCCACUCACCAAAAUACAAACCCUGAAGUACACCAUCAAGUACAUCAGCGAACUGACGGAGCUCCUCAACAGCGUCAAGCGGGCGUAG